AUGGAAUUAUUGGAUUUUCUAAUGGAAUGUGCAAAAAUCGAAAGAACCAUCGAAAUAAGUAGGUAAUUUCUAACUAAAUUCCCUACUUUUCAUCCUUACCAGGCUUUUAAAUAAAUUGAUCAACUUAAUGAUGGUUACAUCACAGCAUAAACAAUAUAAGUUUUCCUACAUCGAUUUGGCUAUUUGCACACUCUCAAGGAAUGUGGCAUAUUAUUCUACAAGCCAGAAUUUAAAUAUGUAGAUUUCUUAAGAUUUCUACUUCCAACAAAUCAGCUGUUAAGAGAUUAUAUCUCUCACUCAGAUUAACAAUCCUACUAAUCCAAUGAAUGCUUAAAGGAAAUAGCAAAACAUAUUAGCUUAGAGAUUGUCUUAAUGAAUAAUUUGCUUCCUCCCUAAUCAAUAGAUAAAUUAACUGAUGGAACUAGAGAAGAUAUUGAAUCCUUGUUUAAAAAGGAAAGAUUAUUUGUCUAUCAAGAUGAAAUCGAUGCUAUGGUCAAGAGAUUAGACUUUUAUGGCGAUGGUUAAAUUGAUUUAUUAUUGUUAAAGAAUUGGGUCCUUGUCCUGAAUAAGCAAACCAAAAACAAAUAGGAAAACUAAUCCUGUUCUGCAUUUGUAACUCCUAAAAAGUAAAUACAAGUCUAGAAUUCAAUUAAGACAACGGAUAAAAAGGAAUCUCUGAAAAAAACAGCUAGAUUUAUGAAUGUAUCUCCUCAAAAAAGAAAUUUGAUGCAAAGGUAAAAAUCUAAAAAAAAAGUGGCUACGCCUUAAACUCAAAAAUAAGGUGUUAGAGGGAAAGUGACUUCAAAAAAAUAAGAAGGAGAAAGUGAGAAGAAAAAGAUUAUAGAAGUACAAACCAAUAAAAAGACUGCUAAUACUUAAUCAAAAAUUAAAUCAAAGUAGCCUUAAGAAAUUAUUGAAUAUCUCAUGGAUAAAGAAAUUAAGAUAGAAAAAAUAAAAAAAUAGCUAGCAUUGUAAAAAGAUUUUAAUGCUUUGGAUGCUUUUAGAACCUUGGAUGUUUAUAGCAAAGGAUCAAUAGGAAAAGAAGAAAUUGACACUUUACUUAAUUAAAAGGCAGGUUAAAGUAUGCACAUUUUUAAUAGAUUCAACAGUGACUAACUGACAUAUCAUGAUUUUUUAAUUCUGCUUCAACCUUAAUCUGCUAAUUUUGCUGAAAUACUCAAUACAAGAUAACCAAGUGAGGAUGGAUAUAAGAAAAAGAUGAGUGAGCUAUUUAGCAAUUAGACUAUUGAAUUACUGAUUGAACUAUUAACUUUAUUGUAAUUAAUUCCAGUGAAAUUAAAUGCAGACAUUCAAUUAUUCAAUAAAAUUGAUGGCAUUACAAGAGACAAUUUUAUAGGAGUUUCAGAUCUUCAAUAAUAUCUUUAUGAAAGCGGGCUUAGAUACACCCAUCAUGAAGCAAUGCUUCUUAUCAAUGCUUACGAUAAAGACAAAGAUGGGAGACUAUCCUUAUAAGAAUUCUUAGAUAUAUGA